AUGCUAAUCACGCCCCGAACGUAUUCAGCCUCGCAAACCCCAGACCGAGCGGUGGCCGAAUCCCGCACUGAAAGCGCGUCCCGCUUCUACACGCUGGCUGGGUGGCGCCAGAGCCCUGUGAAUACAAACCCGGCUCCAGAAAUGCUGUUGACUUACCAGACAGGCAGUGUACGCGUUGGAGAGGUUGUCAGAUAUACCUUAACAUACACCCCAGCUUCAGAUCCUAUCCUACCUCUCCCAGCACAAUUAUAUGUCAGAGUGAAAAAUGCCUCGGCCAUCCCGCUUCGAGCCGCAUAUCUUCAUGGUCCAUACAGCCUCUACGCAUCCUGCUACCCAUCCACAUUCGACCCCAACAGCAAGUAUAAUGAUUAUGAAACACAUGGAACGCCACAAUUUGAACCAUAUCUCAAAGCUGGUGGGAACUGGGAUGCGACCAUCAAAUUGCCAACCCCUUUCGGGGGCUCUCACAACCUUGAUGCCGGCCAGUUAGGGAUAAAUGGUCCUUCUACUAUGACUUGGGUCAUUGAAAUUGUGUCACAGGUGAUAUUUUCUAAUAGCGCGGCUGUUCAUUUUGAAAUGCUGGUCGCUCGUGAUGCAAAAUCCUUAGAAUUCUUCUCAUCUGGUGGGACGUCUGCGGCGGGAAUGGGCCCCCCGGGGAAGCUACAAGAUCAUUGGACGCCGGAAUCUAAGGGUCUACAGGUGGUGGCUGUGACGGGGGUGUUUUCCAAGUCUAUCACACUACGUGUGGAUGAUACAAGCAGUUUGUGGAAUAGCCCACCACUGCCGUCAAAAACAGAUCCCACUGAGACUGGCUCGGGGGUUGGUUCUUACAAUCCUGAUUCGGAAGAACCAGGGAAGGUACAUGAAACCUCACCACCCCCUGUGAAACCAAAGAAGCGGAUUCAUCUGGUUGUGGUGACCCAUGGCUUGCAUAGUAACCUAGGUGCGGAUAUGCUAUAUCUCAAGGAAAGCAUCGAUGCGGCGACGAACAAGGCCAAAAAGCGGAAGAAGAACCAAGAAGGCAUUGAAGAAGAAGAAGAUGAUGAUAAUGAUCAGGAGGAGGUCAUUGUUCGAGGGUUCUCGGGCAAUGCGGUGCGUACCGAACGUGGCAUCCAGUACCUUGGAAAACGUUUGGCCAAGUAUGUUUUGCUGAUGACAUAUCCUGAUCAACCUUACUUUCCUUUGAAGGGUUCAAAGUCCAAACCCUUUCCUCGCCCCUUCAGCUCUCGAAAGGAAGAGCCUAAUAUGUCCUCGGAUUCUUAUGCUUUCAUGGAGCAACAGGGACUGGCUAUUGGGAAUGAACAUGCCUAUCAGAUCACCAGCAUUAGUUUCAUUGGACACUCCUUGGGUGGCCUGGUUCAAACAUAUGCUAUUGCAUAUAUACAUAAACACUCACCCCGUUUCUUUGAACAGAUUAGACCGGUCAAUUUUAUCGCCCUCGCAACUCCCUUUCUAGGACUUAGCAACGAGAACCCCAUGUACGUGCGCUUUGCCCUGGACCUGGGUCUCGUCGGUCGAACAGGGCAGGAUCUUGGGCUUAGCUGGACGGCACCCAAGGUACGAAGUGGCUGGGGUGCCAUCAUUGGUGGGCGAGGGGACUCUGCCAAAGAUCAAGGCAACCCCGACCCAGGAUCCAAGCCACUUUUGCGAAUUCUACCCUGCGGACCCGCUCAUGAGGCCUUGCAGAAGUUUCAGCACCGCACCGUAUACUCGAAUGUGGUGAAUGAUGGAAUUGUUCCUCUACGGACAUCUUGUUUGCUCUUUUUGGAUUGGAGAGGACUUGAUCGAGUGGAGAAGGCGAGAAGAGACAACGGUCUCGUUGGAACCAUGGCGGAAUGGGGUUGGGCAGAGCUUACUGGGGCCAACUCCAAGUCUCCCCAAAUUGCCCGUGCUGGUGAACUAUCGGGACUGGCAGAUGGUGCUUCUUCAUUGGAAGAAAACGAGGCUCUAGCUCUGGAAGACCCAUCCUCUCCAGCCUUAGGUCAGUAUUUGUCAUCGAGAGUACAUUCAUCCGACCAAAAUCAAGUGAUAGAUGUCGGACCAAAGGAGAAUAUCUCUACAAGCUCCUCCUCUGGUCCCUUCAGCAGUUUUUUCUCUCUGUUCCGCGCCAAGGAGACCAAGCCUUCUCCACGUCCGAAACAUGCCAAAAUCUACAGGCGCAGCCAAACUCUUGCGUCGUUCGACGCCAACGAAAGUCCUGCUCCAUUAGUUCGGGGAAAUUCUUUAUAUGAGGACGAAGAAGGGUUGCAUACACCCCCAAAGACGACAUUUUUCGAGUCUGCGGGAGACUUGUUGAUGCCACCUUUACCCCCCACUGAAUUUCUCCUGGACCCCUCAGCCCGUCCACGGACAAUUUUCCAUGACCGAAUUUAUCACCCCGACGAUGUACCGCCUCCUUUGCCCACAAAGCGACGAACCAUCGCAUUCAGUUCCUUACAGAAUAAGAGUUCUAAUGCCGCCCCCGCGGCAACUCAACUUCCAUCUAAGUCCUUCUCUGGCGUCCCCGCCAACCUUGGGGAAAGUGGAUUGAAGGUCGAAGAAAAGAUUGCUCGUGCCUAUCACCGCGAUUUAACCUGGCGCAAGGUCCUUGUUCGCCUGGAACCUGACGCACAUAACAAUAUUAUUGUACGCCGCAUGUUCACCAAUGCUUAUGGCUGGCCUGUCGUGAAACACUUGGUCGAUACACACUUUGGACAUACCGAGGCCGUGGAAACGGAUGAUGUGUUACAACAAAAUGUCGAGCGGGCCAAGUCACCCAGUAUUGGACCGACCAGUUCCGGUGACGAAGUUGAAGGCCAACAUGAUGAUCCAGGACAGGCGCCUCGCGUGAGAACGGAUCAUCCGUACGAUCUCCCGGGACCUUCUCGGCUCUCGUCGCAAUUCCCCAUUCAUGAAAGAGCUGAAACCUUUCCCGCUGAGCAUGAAUCCCAUAGAACGACAAGUACCCACUAUACCGAGGUUUCUCGACAGGAUUCUGCGCGAUGGACGGAUCGCCAGAUGGAUGAAGAUGAUGAUUGUGAAUCCGGGCUUGACGAAAAGGACAACGCUGGCUUCCGAUGGUCUCCAACGCCACGGCCUUGA